AUGCUUUUGGAAUCUUGCUGGACAGCCCUUGUCCAUUUCUUCAGCUUCCAAUCUUUGUUUGCGUCCCAGCAGUCUCCACUUCUACCCGAUGGAGGACUCGAAUAUCCACUUUCGCCUGGCGGGGAAGUGAAUUAUCCAUCCCCAACUGAUUCAACGGCCCAGCAGCCGACACCCACAAAGAUACUAAAGUUCAAACCUAUUGACGCAUCGAUUGAGUGUGAGUAUGAAGGGCUGAGUGAUACAUACGUUGCUCUACCUAGAGGUGAUCAGAGGACUUGGCUCAAACCUAAACCUAAUUUCAAUGGUACAACCUACGAUAUUCACACGAACUAUGAGACGACAUGGCCCAAGGGCAAAGUUCGGGAUUACAGCUUUACAGUUACCGAGUCGGGUGAGCUGGAACCUGAUGGUGUCAAAAAGGAGGCGGGAAAGUACUUCGAAGGGGAAUAUCCUGGUCGUCGGAUUGAGGCGUGUUGGGGCGAUACUGUCCGUGUGCAUGUCAAGAAUAGCCUGCCGUGGAAUGGGACUGCAAUCCAUAUGCAUGGGAUCCGCAUGUUCGAAACUGGGUUUUCCGAUGGCGUCCCAGGCGUCACCCAGUGUCCUAUUGCUCAAAAUGAUACCUACACUUAUGAGUUUACCGCAACUCAGUAUGGCACAACGUGGUAUCAUAGCCACUAUAGUCUCCAAUACACGGAUGGCCUGCUUGGCCCAUUGACCAUUUACGGGCCUGCGUCGGUUGUAGACUACGAUGAUGCCCUUGAACCUUUGAUGCUGGCGGACCGCAUUCACCAGGGUGCCUUCGGGAGGUGGACUUGGGUGACGGUGGAGAAUCACAACCCACCAAUUCCCAUGGAUACCAUUCUUAUCAAUGAUCACGGCAGUGCGGCUGGCAAAUUUCAGAACCUAAGAUACAGGACAAAGAAAGUCACUAAGGGCAAGAAAUACCUCCUUCGACUGAUCAAUGCGUCCACCGAUACGGCUUUCAUUUUCAGUAUCGAUCAGCAUAAGAUGACAGUCAUCGGAACAGAUUUGGUGCCAAUCACUCCUUAUCUAAAGGACACACUAUAUAUUGGUAUUGGCCAGCGGUACCAUGUAAUUGUGGAAGCCGAUGCCAUAGAUGAGUGCCGGAAUUACUGGAUUCGGACUCAGCCUGCCACUGGUUGUCACAAUUUCAACUUCGAACCAAAUGAGAGGCAGGGUAUUUUCGUUUACAAUGAGGAUAAUCACGAUGAUCCCAUAUCCACUCCAUAUGUACCCCCAUACAACGGAGACUGUCGGGACGAGGAGCACAAGGUGUUGAGGCCCGUUGUCGAAUGGCAAGUGCCCCCGCCAACCCCAGACCAACUAAGGAAGGUUCAGUCACCCUGGAUGGUGUUAAAGCAAGAUAACUUCACAAUGCCGGACGAAGCUGGACAUAAUGGUACAAACGACCCGAAAUGGAGCGCAUGGCAGAUUCACGAUGAUCCUGCCUGGGUAAAUUACAAAGACCUGACAAUCAAUCACCUCAACGGAUCACACACGUGGCCAGCCAACGCUGCGUUAUUUGAAAUAAGAAGAAAUGAAAGCAACUGGGCAUACAUGGUGAUAGACGGCGCGCAUCAACCGAAAGAAUCAGGAACCCCCUUGGGAGAAAGAACGGUUCCUGCCGCACACCCUAUGCAUCUGCAUGGUCAUGACUUUGCUCUGCUGAAGCAAUCAUACACCAAACUCGACGACAAAUUAUUCGAUGGAAAUCAUACCGCGGAUUUGCAGAAGUUUAUAGAGACUGAACUAGAGUAUAACAAUCCGGCACGUCGCGACGUUGUCUUGUUACCCAAAGGUGGGUAUAUAGUGAUUGCGUUCAAGAUUCUCGAGGAUAGAGAGAAGUUCCAGGAGAUAAUGAAACGCAAGAAUGCGGAUAAUCAGACUGCAGAAGAUCAGAAAAACAACGGGUGCAAGAAUUGGGCGACGUGGUAUGAUAACAAGGCGAACCGCUGGGGAAACGGAACAGGACGAUUCCAAGAUGACUCUGGUGUUUAA